CCCACAUCGACUUGGAGACCAUGAUUAUAGGCUCCUAAAGCGAUAGAUAAAAGUAUAUAGAGAUAUUAUUAAUCAUCAUAAUUCUAAAGUUAAAAUAGUGCAAAAAGAUAAAAAUAUUUUCUUAGGCCAAUGGAUAACUAACGAACACAGCUGAAUCACCUUUCCUUGGUACAUAAUUCUCCCUCGUAUUCUUCAUCCGCUCCAAGUAUGUACAAAAUGCCCAAAAAGUAAAUGACGCCUUUACCCUCUAACACAAGCAGAAUUCCCCACAUUAAAAAAAGGCAACUCGUCACUUCAUCAGAUUCAUCGUCAUUGUGAUUCUCACUUUUCGCCGGCGACGAUGCACGACGGCAGCUCCACAUCCCGUCACCGCCGGGAAUCUCCUUUUUCCCACCGUCGCCGUUCGUGGUGCUGUUCUUUCGCUGUACCACCUCACAGCCCUGAAAGUUACCACGACAGCGGUAAAUCCCGUCAUUCUUUUUCUACUUACUCCAAGAAUCUUCACCAUUACCCGGCCACUCCAAAAAAGAACGAAUUGCCCCAACAAAAAUCUUCUCAAAGUUCCUUCCCUAACUCCCCUCAGUCUCAAGCUUCCACCACUUCCUCAUCCAAGCUCGGAUUACGACGGAUCCUCUCGCCGGGUCGGGUCUCACCUAUUGACGAACCCGCUCCAGUUGCUGCGAAAAGUGUGCCGAAACCAUCUUCCACUGAGAUUCCGAGAUCGCCCUUGCGUGAGUAUCUCGAUGCUGAUGCUCGGGCGAGUAGUGCCGCGGACGAGGGCAGUCUUGGGAAUUUUGACGUGAGGUUGAGUUUGAAAGCCAGAAAUGGUGGGGGAUCUCUGAUUUUGGAGCUGAGUUCGGCGGUUCUGUCUUCAAAUAGCGCGGUGUUUGCCCGUCUGAUUGCGGACUACAGAAGGAAUUCCACGGGUUUUUGUCGAAUUGAGGUGCCGGAAGUUGAGAAUUUGAAUACAUUCCGAGAGACAGUCGAGCUCAUGUUCGAGGAAAAAAUCCCUGAAAAACUUCUUAACCUUGGGGUUCGUCGCACCAUUGAUAUCCUUGAGGUGGCUGCUAGUAUCAAGUUCAGCAGAGGUGUUUUAUCAUGUCUAAAGUUCCUUGAAGCAGUGCCAUGGUCUGAGGAAGAAGAAGAGAAAUUGAGGAUCCUUUUCACAAAGUUUAAGUUUGAUGAUGCAACUAGUAAAGACAUUAUGGCCAGGCUCUAUGGACUUGAAUCCGAAAAUUCUCCACAAACUUUAGUCAAACAGCUUCUUUGGUCCAUUACAACAUGUGUGGACACAAAUGCCGGAAAUGAGCUGAAGUCUUUAGUCAAGGGUCUUUUGUCCAAAAGCUCAGUGUAUGAGAAAGACUAUGAUGUUAACAGGGGAGAUGUUUUGGCUGUUUGCCAAUCUUCUUUGGACUCCUUGCUUAACCUAUUUGAAGAGGCGUCUGCAACUGGAACUAGUCCUAAUGAGAAGCUAGUAAAAAUUGAGAAAACUAAGCCCCUCAUUGAGCGGAUUUCAAAGCAUGUUGAAAACAUUAAUUGGCUGCUUGAAAUCCUGAUUGAUCACCAAAUGGCUGAGGGGAUGGUGGAUAUGUGGGCCGAUCAAAAAGAGCUACUCAGCAUGCACAAUUGUGUUUCCCCGAUGAUUAGGUACGAGCUUAGUCGGGUUUCAGCAAUGUUAUUUAUUGCUAUGGGUAACCGGAAAGUGCAUUGUUGCUCAGAGACGAGGUUGACCUUUGUUCAGGCCUGGUUUAGGCCUAUGCUACUGGACUUUGGUUGGUUGCAGAGAUGUAAAAAAGGGCUGGACAUGAAGGUUCUGGAGGAAGCUAUGGGUCAGGCACUGCUUACACUUCCACUGAAGGAGCAGUACCAAUUGUUCAUGGAUUGGUUCUCUUUCUUCUCAAAGCAAGGCAGCGAGUGUCCCAACCUUAGUAAAGCAUUCCAGGUUUGGUGGCGCAGAUCAUUUGUUAGAGGGUCUGAUUCUUUUGGUAUUGAAUCUAGGUAAAAUGAUUGAAAAUCAUCUCACACGUUGUCGGGGGAAGGGAGGGGGUGCGGCUUGUUCCGCUUCCCGGGGAUUUCGAGAGUUGACUGUGUGAAGUCCAUGAUGUAGAUUAUGUAGAGUUUUAUGACAUAGCAACACCACAGGAUAUGUGGUGUUGUAAGGAGUAACAAUCCAGUGGCAAUGUGUAGGAUGUUCAACAGUUGUAUUAUAAUUUCCAUAGGCUGUGUGUCAUUUCGAGUUGAUCUCUUUAGGAUAGCUUCGAUUUCAUUGGGAUUCUGUAUUACUUGUUUGUUCUAGGUACUGGUUGCAGACGAAGGGAAUUCCCUUGGAGUCUCUGACCUCAGUAGUAAGUACCGAAGAGAUUGACCUUAUUAUGUAACUUGACAACUCCUGAAGUGCAGUGCAGUGUUCAAUUCAAUGCCAUCUGCUACUUCAGUAAGGAGGCAUUUCAUUGGGAUUUCGAUGGUUAUAUUAUACCUGUGUGAUGUUUGUUGAAAAAGUAACAAAGAACACAACGC